AGGGCUCUCGUGCGGGAGCCGCCGGGUGUGCGUGCGUGUGUUAUGGGUUUGAUUCCAGAGCAGGUUGCACAUUGGUCCUGGGUGGCUCGCAGGCUCAGGUCGUGCUUGGGCGUCCUCCUCCUAAUCGUUUCCGAAGUAGCAGCAGGAGCAGAAGCAGCCGCGGCAACAACGGCAGCGGCGGCGGCAGCUCAGCGGCGCAGCCAGCAGAACUGUGCAGAAGCGAGCACCGUUUGGGGAGUCCGGAGGGCGGGUUAGAGGGAGGAGGAAGAAACCCUGUCUUGGUCUUUGGGAUUAUUUUUUCCCCCUUCUUUCCCUCUCUCUCUUUCUGGAGGGUGUGUGUUGCCCCCUCGAAGUGAAGGAAUUUUGCUCCAAAGCGAGCUGGGACCGAAGACUCUAGGCUAAGUUAUCUCUCUAUGUAGAUGGUGUCAGGGAGCGAAGCUACUGACCGAGCUGCUGUAACGUCCAGCUUUUUGCUGCCUGAGCGCCUGGAACUUGCUUUAUCACUUGGCUUUGCUGUGAAGCACUCCUAGAAAGCUAGCUGAAUUGUACAUUGAAGAGCUACCUUUUGGUGGGCAAAGUGACAAGUGCCAAAACUGAGGCCUGACUUUUCUCCAAGCAGCAGCUUUUCUGCCCGAUCUGAAAUAAUGGAUGUGAAGGACCGGCGGCACCGCUCUUUGACCAGAGGGCGAUGUGGCAAAGAGUGUCGCUACACAAGCUCUUCCCUGGAUAGCGAAGACUGCCGCGUCCCCACGCAGAAGUCGUACAGCUCCAGUGAGACGCUGAAGGCCUAUGACCACGACAGCAGGAUACACUACGGAAACCGAGUCACAGAGCUCGUUCACCGAGAGUCAGAUGAGUUUCCCAGGCAAGGAACGAACUUCACCCUUGCGGAGCUGGGCAUCUGUGAGCCCUCCCCGCACCGCAGCGGCUACUGCUCAGACAUGGGAAUUCUCCACCAGGGCUACUCCCUGAGCACAGGGUCCGACGCUGACUCCGACACCGAGGGAGGGAUGUCCCCCGAACAUGCCAUCAGACUGUGGGGCCGAGGGAUCAAAUCCAGGCGCAGCUCUGGCCUGUCCAGUCGUGAAAAUUCAGCCCUGACUCUGACCGACUCUGACAACGAAAAUAAGUCAGACGAUGAGAACGGUCCUCCGAACCACCACAGCCAGUCAACUCUGCGGCCCCCUCUUCCGCCCCCUCACAACCACACGUUGUCGCACCACCACUCGUCCGCCAACUCCCUCAACAGGAACUCGCUGACCAAUCGGCGCAGUCAGAUCCACGCCCCGGCCCCGGCACCCAAUGACCUGGCCACCACACCGGAGUCCGUGCAGCUUCAGGACAGUUGGGUGCUAAACAGCAACGUGCCACUAGAGACACGGCACUUCCUCUUUAAGACCUCCUCCGGAAGCACGCCCCUGUUCAGCAGUUCCUCUCCAGGAUACCCUUUGACCUCAGGAACAGUUUACACGCCGCCGCCCCGCCUGCUGCCCAGGAAUACCUUCUCCAGGAAGGCCUUCAAACUGAAGAAACCCUCCAAAUACUGCAGCUGGAAAUGCGCUGCUCUGUCCGCCAUUGCCGCAGCCCUUCUCUUGGCAAUUUUGCUGGCGUAUUUCAUAGCAAUGCAUCUGCUCGGACUCAAUUGGCAACUCCAGCCGGCAGAUGGACACACCUUUAACAAUGGGAUAAGGACCGGCUUACCAGGAAACGAUGAUGUGGCAACAAUGCCCUCUGGAGGCAAAGUGCCCUGGUCAUUGAAGAACAGCAGCAUAGACAGUGGCGAAGCAGAAGUUGGUCGGCGGGUGACACAAGAAGUCCCACCGGGAGUGUUUUGGAGGUCACAGAUUCACAUCAGUCAGCCCCAGUUCUUAAAGUUCAACAUCUCCCUUGGGAAGGACGCUCUCUUUGGUGUUUAUAUAAGAAGGGGACUGCCACCAUCUCAUGCACAGUAUGACUUCAUGGAGCGUUUGGAUGGGAAGGAGAAGUGGAGCGUGGUUGAGUCGCCUCGGGAGCGGCGCAGCAUCCAGACCCUGGUUCAGAACGAGGCCGUGUUUGUGCAGUACCUGGAUGUGGGCCUGUGGCACCUGGCCUUCUACAAUGAUGGCAAAGACAAGGAGAUGGUGUCCUUCAACACGGUGGUCUUAGAUUCGGUGCAGGACUGUCCACGCAACUGCCACGGAAAUGGCGAGUGUGUGUCUGGCCUGUGUCACUGCUUCCCAGGAUUUCUAGGGGCAGACUGUGCUAAAGCUGCCUGCCCUGUCCUGUGCAGUGGGAAUGGACAAUAUUCCAAAGGAACGUGCCAGUGCUACAGCGGCUGGAAAGGCGCCGAAUGCGAUGUUCCUGUGAAUCAGUGCAUCGACCCCUCCUGUGGGGGCCAUGGCUCCUGCAUUGAUGGGAACUGUGUGUGCUCUGCAGGCUACAAAGGGGAGCACUGUGAGGAAGUGGAUUGCUUGGAUCCCACCUGCUCCAGCCAUGGGGUCUGUGUGAAUGGAGAAUGCCUUUGCACCCCUGGCUGGGGUGGUCUUAACUGUGAACUGGCGAGGGUCCAGUGCCCAGACCAGUGCAGUGGGCAUGGAACUUACCUGCCAGACACGGGCCUCUGCAGCUGCGACCCCAACUGGAUGGGUCCCGACUGCUCCGUUGAAGUGUGCUCAGUAGACUGUGGCACUCACGGCGUCUGCAUCGGGGGAGCCUGCCGCUGUGAAGAGGGCUGGACAGGCGCAGCUUGUGACCAGCGCGUGUGCCACCCCCGCUGCAUUGAGCACGGGACCUGUAAAGAUGGCAAAUGUGAAUGCCGAGAGGGCUGGAAUGGUGAACACUGCACCAUUGGUAGGCAAACGGCAGGCACCGAAACAGAUGGCUGCCCUGAUUUGUGCAACGGUAACGGGAGAUGCACACUGGGUCAGAACAGCUGGCAGUGUGUCUGCCAAACCGGCUGGAGAGGGCCCGGAUGCAACGUUGCCAUGGAAACCUCCUGUGCUGAUAACAAGGAUAAUGAGGGAGAUGGCCUGGUGGACUGCCUGGACCCCGACUGCUGCCUUCAGACUGCCUGUCAGAACAGCCUGCUCUGCCGGGGGUCCCGGGACCCCCUGGACAUCAUUCAGCAGGGCCAGACGGACUGGCCUGCAGUGAAAUCCUUCUACGACCGAAUCAAGCUCCUGGCCGGCAAGGACAGCACCCAUAUCAUUCCUGGAGACAAUCCCUUCAACAGCAGCCUGGUUUCUCUCAUCCGCGGCCAGGUGGUAACUACGGAUGGGACUCCCCUGGUUGGCGUGAAUGUGUCUUUCGUCAAGUACCCGAAAUAUGGCUACACCAUCACCCGUCAGGAUGGCACAUUUGACCUGAUCGCCAAUGGCGGCGCCUCCUUGACUCUGCACUUUGAGCGAGCCCCAUUCAUGAGCCAGGAGCGCACAGUGUGGCUGCCGUGGAAUAGCUUUUAUGCCAUGGACACCCUGGUGAUGAAGACGGAGGAGAACUCCAUCCCCAGCUGUGACCUCAGUGGCUUUGUCCGGCCCGACCCAAUCAUCAUUUCCUCCCCACUGUCUACCUUCUUCAGUGCCGCCCCUGCACAGAACCCUAUCGUGCCUGAGACCCAGGUCCUUCAUGAGGAAAUUGAGCUCCCUGGUUCCAACGUCAAGCUUCGUUAUCUGAGCUCUAGAACUGCAGGGUACAAGUCGUUGCUGAAAAUCACCAUGACCCAGUCCACAGUCCCCUUGAACCUCAUCAGAGUCCACCUGAUGGUCGCUGUCGAGGGGCAUCUCUUCCAAAAGUCCUUCCAGGCUUCUCCCAACCUGGCCUACACCUUCAUCUGGGACAAGACCGAUGCUUAUGGCCAAAGGGUGUAUGGACUCUCAGAUGCCGUUGUGUCUGUGGGCUUUGAGUACGAGACCUGCCCCAGCCUCAUCCUGUGGGAAAAAAGGACCGCUCUGCUGCAGGGCUUUGAGCUGGACCCUUCGAACCUCGGGGGCUGGUCCCUGGACAAGCACCACAUCCUCAACGUGAAGAGCGGAAUCCUGCACAAAGGCACUGGAGAAAACCAGUUCCUGACCCAGCAGCCUGCCAUUAUCACAAGCAUCAUGGGCAAUGGCCGACGCCGCAGCAUUUCCUGUCCCAGCUGCAAUGGCCUUGCCGAGGGCAACAAGCUGCUGGCCCCCGUGGCUCUGGCAGUGGGAGUCGAUGGCAGCCUCUUUGUGGGUGACUUCAAUUACAUCCGGCGCAUCUUUCCCUCUCGAAAUGUGACCAGCAUCUUGGAGUUACGAAAUAAAGAGUUUAAACAUAGCAACAACCCUGCGCACAAGUACUACUUGGCCGUAGACCCAGUGUCCGGCUCACUCUUCGUCUCUGACACCAACAGUCGCCGGAUCUACCGUGUCAAGUCUCUGAGUGGAGCCAAAGAUCUGGCUGGGAAUUCAGAAGUCGUGGCAGGGACUGGCGAACAGUGUUUGCCCUUUGAUGAAGCCCGCUGUGGGGACGGAGGGAAGGCUGUGGACGCAACCCUGAUGAGCCCGAGAGGUAUUGCAGUGGAUAAGAAUGGACUCAUGUACUUCGUGGAUGCCACCAUGAUCCGGAAGGUGGACCAGAAUGGAAUCAUCUCCACCCUGCUGGGCUCCAAUGAUCUCACCGCUGUCCGGCCACUGAGCUGUGACUCCAGCAUGGAUGUAGCUCAGGUUCGCCUGGAGUGGCCAACAGACCUUGCUGUCAACCCCAUGGAUAACUCCCUGUAUGUUCUAGAGAACAAUGUCAUCCUUCGAAUCACUGAGAACCACCAAGUCAGCAUCAUCGCAGGACGCCCCAUGCACUGCCAGGUUCCCGGUAUUGACUACUCGCUCAGCAAGCUCGCCAUCCACUCAGCCCUGGAGUCAGCCAGUGCCAUUGCCAUCUCUCACACGGGGGUGCUCUACAUCACUGAGACAGAUGAGAAGAAGAUUAAUCGUCUACGCCAGGUAACAACCAAUGGAGAGAUCUGCCUCUUAGCUGGGGCAGCCUCAGACUGCGACUGCAAAAAUGACGUCAGUUGCAUCUGCUACUCAGGAGAUGACGCCUACGCAACUGACGCCAUCUUGAAUUCCCCAUCCUCCUUAGCCGUAGCUCCGGAUGGCACCAUCUACAUUGCAGACCUUGGGAAUAUCCGGAUCCGGGCAGUCAGCAAAAACAAACCUGUUCUUAAUGCCUUCAACCAGUAUGAGGCUGCAUCUCCCGGAGAGCAGGAGUUGUAUGUUUUCAAUGCCGAUGGCAUCCACCAGUACACUGUGAGCCUGGUGACAGGGGAAUACUUAUACAAUUUUACAUAUAGCGCUGACAAUGACGUCACUGAAUUGAUUGACAAUAAUGGCAAUUCCCUGAAGAUCCGUCGGGACAGCAGUGGCAUGCCCCGCCACCUGCUCAUGCCAGACAGUCAGAUCAUCACCCUCACUGUGGGCACCAAUGGAGGCCUCAAGGUCGUGUCCACACAGAACCUGGAGCUUGGCCUCAUGACCUAUGAUGGGAACACUGGGCUCCUAGCCACUAAGAGCGACGAAACAGGAUGGACAACUUUCUACGACUAUGACCACGAGGGCCGUCUGACUAAUGUGACACGCCCCACAGGGGUGGUCACCAGUCUGCACCGGGAAAUGGAGAAAUCCAUCACCAUUGACAUUGAGAACUCCAACCGGGAUGAUGACGUCACUGUGAUCACCAACCUCUCUUCGGUAGAAGCCUCCUACACAGUGGUACAAGAUCAAGUGCGGAACAGCUACCAGCUCUGUAAUAAUGGCACCCUGAGGGUGAUGUACGCCAACGGCAUGGGUGUCAGCUUCCACAGUGAGCCCCAUGUCCUUGCGGGCACCAUCACCCCCACCAUUGGGCGCUGCAACAUCUCCCUGCCCAUGGAGAAUGGCCUGAACUCCAUCGAGUGGCGCCUGAGGAAGGAGCAGAUUAAAGGCAAAGUCACCAUCUUUGGCAGGAAGCUCCGGGUCCAUGGAAGAAAUCUCUUGUCCAUCGACUAUGACCGGAAUAUCCGGACAGAAAAGAUCUAUGAUGAUCACCGGAAGUUCACGCUGAGGAUCAUUUAUGACCAGGUGGGCCGCCCCUUCCUCUGGCUCCCCAGCAGCGGGCUGGCUGCCGUCAACGUCUCCUACUUCUUCAAUGGGCGCUUGGCUGGCCUUCAGCGCGGGGCCAUGAGCGAGAGGACAGACAUUGACAAGCAGGGCCGCAUCGUGUCCCGCAUGUUCGCCGACGGGAAAGUGUGGAGCUACUCCUACCUUGACAAGUCCAUGGUGCUCCUGCUUCAGAGUCAACGUCAGUACGUAUUUGAGUACGAUUCCUCUGAGCGUCUCCACGCCGUCACCAUGCCCAGUGUCGCCCGGCAUAGCAUGUCCACACACACCUCCAUUGGCUACAUCCGCAACAUUUACAACCCACCUGAAAGCAACGCUUCGGUCAUCUUUGACUACAGUGAUGACGGCCGCAUCCUGAAGACAUCCUUUCUGGGCACUGGGCGCCAGGUGUUCUACAAGUAUGGAAAACUCUCCAAGCUGUCGGAGAUUGUCUAUGACAGUACUGCUGUCACCUUUGGGUACGAUGAGACCACCGGCGUUUUGAAAAUGGUCAACCUCCAGAGCGGGGGCUUCUCCUGCACUAUCCGGUACCGGAAGAUUGGCCCACUCGUUGACAAGCAGAUCUAUAGGUUCUCAGAGGAAGGCAUGAUCAAUGCCAGGUUUGACUAUACCUAUCAUGACAACAGUUUCCGGAUCGCAAGUAUCAAACCUGUCAUAAGUGAGACGCCCCUUCCGGUUGACCUCUACCGCUAUGAUGAGAUUUCUGGCAAAGUGGAGCACUUUGGCAAGUUUGGAGUCAUCUACUAUGACAUCAACCAGAUCAUCACCACUGCCGUGAUGACCCUCAGCAAGCAUUUUGACACCCAUGGGCGCAUCAAGGAGGUCCAGUACGAGAUGUUCCGUUCACUCAUGUACUGGAUGACAGUGCAGUAUGACAGCAUGGGCAGGGUGAUCAAGAGGGAGCUCAAACUGGGGCCCUAUGCCAACACCACCAAGUACACCUAUGACUAUGAUGGCGACGGGCAGCUGCAGAGCGUGGCCGUCAACGACCGCCCAACCUGGCGCUACAGUUACGACCUCAACGGCAACCUGCACUUGCUGAACCCUGGCAACAGCGUGCGCCUCAUGCCCUUGCGCUAUGACCUCCGGGACCGCAUCACCCGACUGGGCGAUGUGCAGUACAAAAUUGAUGACGAUGGCUAUCUGUGCCAGCGAGGUGCUGACAUCUUCGAAUACAACUCCAAGGGCCUCCUCACGAGAGCAUACAACAAGGCCAGUGGAUGGAGUGUCCAGUACCGCUACGAUGGUGUGGGGCGGCGGGCUUCUUACAAGACCAACCUGGGCCACCAUCUGCAGUACUUCUACUCUGACCUACAUAACCCAACGCGCAUCACCCAUGUGUACAAUCACUCCAACUCGGAGAUCACCUCACUGUACUAUGACCUCCAGGGUCACCUCUUUGCCAUGGAGAGCAGCAGUGGUGAGGAGUACUACGUGGCGUCAGAUAACACAGGGACACCACUGGCUGUGUUCAGUAUCAACGGGCUCAUGAUCAAGCAGCUGCAGUACACGGCCUAUGGGGAGAUCUAUUACGACUCCAACCCUGACUUCCAGAUGGUCAUCGGCUUCCACGGGGGCCUCUAUGACCCCCUGACCAAGCUGGUCCACUUUACUCAGCGUGAUUAUGAUGUGCUGGCAGGACGGUGGACCUCCCCAGACUACACCAUGUGGAAAAACGUGGGCAAGGAGCCGGCCCCCUUUAACCUAUAUAUGUUCAAGAGCAACAAUCCCCUCAGCAACGAGCUGGAUCUGAAGAACUACGUGACAGAUGUGAAAAGCUGGCUUGUGAUGUUUGGAUUUCAGCUUAGCAACAUAAUCCCUGGCUUCCCAAGAGCCAAAAUGUACUUUGUGCCUCCUCCCUAUGAACUGUCAGAGAGUCAAGCAAGUGAGAACGGACAGCUCAUUACAGGUGUCCAACAGACCACGGAGAGGCACAAUCAAGCCUUUCUGGCUCUGGAAGGGCAGGUCAUUUCGAAAAAGCUCCAUGCCAACAUCCGAGAAAAAGCAGGCCACUGGUUCGCCACCACCACGCCCAUCAUCGGCAAAGGCAUCAUGUUUGCCAUCAAAGAAGGGCGGGUGAGCACCGGUGUGUCCAGCAUUGCCAGUGAGGACAGCCGCAAGGUGGCAUCUGUGCUGAACAACGCUUACUACCUAGACAAGAUGCACUACAGCAUCGAGGGCAAGGACACUCACUACUUUGUGAAGAUCGGCUCUGCCGACAGCGAUCUGGUCACCCUGGGUACCACCCUCGGCCGCAAGGUGCUGGAGAGCGGUGUGAACGUGACCGUGUCGCAGCCCACACUGCUGGUCAAUGGCAGGACUCGAAGGUUCACCAAUAUCGAGUUCCAGUACUCCACGCUGCUGCUCAGCAUCCGCUACGGGCUCACCCCCGACACCCUGGACGAAGAGAAGGCCCGAGUCCUGGACCAGGCGAGACAGAGGGCCCUGGGCACAGCCUGGGCCAAGGAGCAGCAGAAAGCCAGGGAUGGGCGCGAGGGCAGCCGCCUGUGGACUGAGGGCGAGAAGCAGCAGCUCCUGAGCUCAGGCCGCGUGCAAGGGUAUGAGGGCUAUUACGUGCUUCCGGUCGAGCAGUACCCAGAGCUCGCAGACAGUAGCAGCAACAUCCAGUUCUUAAGACAGAAUGAGAUGGGAAAGAGGUAACAAAAUAAUCUGUUGCCAUUCCUUGGCUGGAUGGCUCAGCACGAGUAACUGUGAUCUCCUCUCCUAAGGAGACGAAGACCUAACAGGGGCACUGAGGCUGGGCUGCUUUAGGAUUCCAAGUGGCAAAAAAGCUCACAUUUUUUGAGUUCCAAUGCUACUGUCCAAGCAAGAAGUCCCUCAUCCUGAAGUAGACUAAAGCCUGGCUGCAAAUUCUGAGGAAAUCAACACAAACAGAUGAGUGAAUGAACAAGCAUAUAAAAUGUUCCAAGUUCCCCUCAAAUAUGGCCCACUUGUUCUGGGCCUAACACAGAAAAGAGACGCAAAAUAUCCGCAAGGAACAAAAGAACGGGAAAAAAAAAAGCAAACAAAAAAACACACACACCGACAGUAAAACAAAGAAAUAAAGACGAGAAGGCCUCAUAUCCUAUUACCUCACUCAUUCACACGUGAGCGACACGGAGACAUUCACAAGGGCCAGCGACACCAGACCAGCUGAGGACAACAAUUCAGACUGCUUGUUGGACAGACACUUCCGACGUUUUCGUUUAAGCAAAUACAGGUGCAUUGAAAAACAUGACUUUGGGGGUGAUUUGUGUGUAGCGCCUGGGGAGGGGGGCAUAAAAGUGGAGGAGUGAGCACUGGAAAUACUUUUUAAAGAAAAAGAAAAACAAGAAAAAAAUUCAUAUCAAAAGUCCAAGAGAAAUAAUACCGUCCAGCACUUAACUCUCAGGUCUCAACUUAGUCUGGCCUGAGCUAAUUUAUUUGAGCGCAGAGUGUAAAAUUUAAUUCAAAAUGGUGGCGAUACUCACUACUGAUAAAUCUCAUACUCUUUUGUCUUUGGCGAUUCCAUUGUGGACAGUAAAACGCAGUUACAGGGUGUAGUCUGUUUAGAUUCCGUAGUUCGUGGGUAUCAGUUACGGUAGAGGUGCGGCAUUGUGACUCUGUUGCUAACAGGUACCACUUCCGGUCACCCUGUACAUACAUCCGCCGCAAGGCACAAUCACUGUUUCAGAUUUAAAAUUAUUAGUGUGUUUGUUUGGUCCAGAAACUGAGACAAUCACAUGACAGUCACCACGAGGAGAGAAAAAAUAAAAAAUAAAAACAAAAAAAUUUUAAAAACAUAAAAAACGAAAACAAAAAAAGUCUAAUAAGAACUUUGGUACAGGAACUUUUUUGUAAUAUACAUGUAUGAAUUGUUCAUCGAGUUUUUAUAUUAAUUUUAAUUUGCUGCUAAGCAAAGACUAGGGACAGGCAAAGAUAAUUUAUGGCAAAGUGUUUAAAUUGUUUAUACAUAAAUAAAAGUCUCUAAAACUCCUGUG